AUGGGCCAACCAGAAAAAAAUGUUCCGUGUUUUUUGGUGCUAGAAGACGGUACUGUGCUACCGGGAGAAUCUUUUGGAGCGAAAAAACCGGUAGAAGGGGAAGUGGUUUUUCAGACUGGUAUGGUAGGAUAUCCCGAAUCUUUAACAGAUCCAAGUUAUCAUUCCCAAAUUUUGAUCCUAACGUACCCGCUUAUUGGAAACUACGGAGUACCAGACGAGAAAAAGGACGAGAAUGGCCUACCUUAUUUCUUUGAAUCACACCGCAUAUGGGCCUCAGCUCUGGUCGUUGGGGAACACUGUGAUUUUCCAAGCCACUGGCGUAGCUCGAGAACUCUCUCCGACUGGAUGGACCAAGAAAACAUACCGGGAAUACAAGGAAUUGACACCAGGCAGCUAACAAAAAAAAUUCGAGAGAAAGGUACUAUGCUGGGAAGAAUUGUGUAUACAUUGCCAAACCCUGUUGGACCAAGCACAAUAGUAGAUCCCAAUAGACAGAAUUUGGUUGCAGAAGUCUCAGUUAAAAAAUCAGUGACAUACAAUCCCAAAGGUUCCCCCAGAAUAUGUGUCAUAGACUGCGGUUUGAAAUACAAUCAGAUAAGAUGCUUCCUCAACCGAGGAGCUAGAGUAGACGUGGUACCAUGGAACCAUAAAUUCAACAUUGAUGAAUACGAUGGAUUGUUUUUAAGCAACGGGCCUGGAAAUCCAGAAAUGUGUAAAGAAACUAUCGACAAUAUUAAAUCUAUAUUAAACUCCAAAAAAGUCAAACCGAUAUUUGGUAUUUGUUUAGGGCAUCAACUUCUUUCCAUGGCUAUUGGCUGUACAAGUUACAAAAUGAAAUACGGAAACCGUGGUCAUAAUCAGCCGUGUGUUCACCACGAUACCGGAAGAUGUUACAUGACUUCGCAGAACCAUGGUUUUGCCAUAGACACUAAAUCUUUGCCUUCAGAUUGGGCACCCCUCUUUACGAAUGUCAAUGAUAAAACAAACGAAGGAAUUAUCCACACUAAACUGCCCUAUUUCAGCGUUCAGUUUCAUCCCGAACACAUGGCUGGACCCCAGGAUCUCGAAAAUCUUUUUGACGUCUUCCUAGAAGCAAUAAAAAAAGGACCAGCAAUUAAUAUAAAAGAUUUAAUGACGGAAACUCUCAAAUAUAAAAUAGAACUACCUCUAAGCACCUCAUCACCACCAAAGAAGGUUCUUAUAAUAGGAUCCGGUGGACUAUCUAUUGGACAAGCCGGUGAAUUUGAUUACUCAGGCUCUCAAGCUAUCAAAGCUUUAAAGGAAUCCAACAUACAAACCGUUCUGAUUAAUCCCAAUAUCGCCACAGUUCAAACAUCAAAAGGUUUAUCAGAUAAAGUGUAUUUUCUUCCACUAGUGCCCGAGUAUGUUGAGCAAGUGAUUUGUGCGGAACGACCAAGCGGUGUUUUAUUAACUUUUGGAGGACAAACUGGUCUAAAUUGCGGAAUAGAACUCGAAAAACAAGGUGUAUUCAAAAAAUACAACUGUAAAAUUCUAGGAACCCCAAUCCAAGCAAUUAUUGAUACGGAAGAUCGAAAAGCUUUUAGUGAAAGAAUAGCAAAAAUUGGUGAAAAAGUAGCUCCUAGUAUGGCUGCUCAUUCUGUUCAAGAAGCCUUAGAUGCAGCAGAGCAAUUGGGCUACCCAGUUAUGGCAAGAGCUGCAUUCUCAUUGGGAGGCUUAGGUUCUGGAUUUGCCAAUAAUGUAGAAGAAUUAAAAAGUCUUGCUUUACAAGCCUUAGCUCAUUCGAGCCAGUUGAUUAUCGACAAAUCUUUGAAAGGUUGGAAAGAAGUAGAAUAUGAAGUAGUAAGAGAUGCGUUUGAUAACUGUAUAACUGUGUGUAACAUGGAAAAUGUGGAUCCUCUUGGUAUUCACACUGGAGAAUCUAUCGUAGUAGCCCCUAGCCAAACUUUAUCAAAUCAAGAAUACAACAUGCUGCGUACGACUGCUAUAAAAGUAAUUCGACAUUUUGGUAUAGUAGGAGAAUGUAAUAUCCAAUAUGCUUUAAGUCCACAUUCUGAAGAGUACUACAUUAUUGAAGUAAACGCUAGAUUAUCCAGGUCUUCUGCUCUAGCUAGUAAAGCUACUGGGUAUCCCUUAGCCUAUGUAGCUGCUAAAUUGGCUUUGGGAAUUCCCCUUCCUGAUAUAAACAAUUCAGUUACGGGAGUUACAACAGCUUGCUUCGAGCCGAGUUUAGAUUACUGUGUAGUAAAAAUACCAAGAUGGGACCUUCAUAAAUUCACAAGAGUUAGUAGCAAGAUAGGAAGUUCUAUGAAGAGUGUAGGAGAGGUUAUGUCUAUUGGGAGAAAAUUCGAAGAGGCUUUCCAAAAAGCUUUGAGAAUGGUCGACGAGAACGUUACCGGUUUCGAUCCCUACUUGAAACCCGUGAACGAUGAGGAGCUUCAAGAACCUACAGAUAAAAGAAUGUUUGUUCUAGCAGCAGCUCUAAAAAAUAAUUACUCCGUUCAAAAAUUGUAUGAUCUUACAAAAAUAGAUAAAUGGUUCUUGCAAAAAAUGAAAAAUAUAAUAGAUUAUACGAAUCUACUAGAAACUUUUGAUCAACAUAGUUUGACUUACAGUACUCUGCUUAAAGCUAAGCAAUUGGGUUUUUCUGAUAAACAAAUAGCUGCAGCCGUUAAAAGUACCGAAUUAGCUAUCCGUAUGCAACGUGAAGAGUCCCAUAUAACGCCUUUCGUAAAACAAAUUGAUACUGUAGCUGCAGAAUGGCCUGCUACCACAAAUUAUCUUUACCUUACAUAUAAUGCAUUGAAUCAUGAUUUAACAUUUGACGAAGAUCAUACUAUGGUACUAGGCUCGGGCGUUUACCGUAUAGGAAGUUCAGUAGAAUUUGAUUCUUGCGCUGUCGGUUGUUUAAGAGAACUCCGUAGGCUUAAUAAGAAAACUAUCAUGAUUAAUUACAAUCCUGAAACUGUAAGUACGGAUUAUGAUAUGUCUGAUCGAUUGUAUUUUGAAGAAAUAUCUUUCGAGACAGUCAUGGAUAUUUACAAUCUUGAAGAGCCAAACGGUAUCAUUCUUUCUAUGGGAGGACAGCUGCCUAACAACAUCGCAAUGGACUUACACAGGCAACAGGCUCGAAUAUUAGGCACGUCUCCAGACUCCAUAGACGGGGCUGAGAAUAGAUUUAAAUUUUCUCGUAUGUUAGACAGAAUCGGUAUCAUGCAACCUAGAUGGAAAGAACUCACCAAUCUAAAAUCGGCUAUAGAGUUUUGCGAAGAAGUAGGAUAUCCGUGUCUAGUAAGACCGUCGUACGUGCUUAGCGGUGCAGCUAUGAACGUAGCUCAUUCGAACCAAGAUCUUGAAACCUACCUUAACGCAGCCAGCGAUGUCAGCAAGGAGCACCCAGUAGUAAUAUCUAAAUUUUUAUUGGAAAGCAAAGAGAUAGACGUAGAUGCCGUAGCCUGCGAUGGAGUUAUCUUAUGUAUGGCAGUAUCAGAACACGUCGAAAAUGCUGGUGUGCAUUCUGGAGACGCCACUCUCGUAACACCUCCGCAGGAUAUUAAUCCAGAAACUCUAGUGAAGAUUAAACAUAUUGUGAAGUCUAUUGCAGCCAAUUUGGAGGUUACAGGACCUUUCAAUAUGCAGCUAAUCGCUAAGGAUAACGAUCUUAAGGUAAUAGAGUGCAACGUAAGAGUAUCUAGAUCCUUCCCAUUUGUCUCCAAAACGCUUAAUCACGAUUUCGUUGCAAUGGCUACAAGAGUAAUGGUGGGAGAAGAGGUAGUCCCGGUGGAUGUACUGCACGGUUGCGGAAGAGUAGGAGUUAAAGUACCUCAAUUUUCUUUCUCAAGGCUAGCAGGUGCAGACUUCAUGUUGGGAGUAGAAAUGGCUUCGACAGGGGAGGUAGCAUGUUUUGGUGAUAAUAGGUAUGAAGCUUAUUUGAAGGCUAUGAUGAGCACUGGGUUCAGCAUACCGAAGUCCAGUAUUUUAUUGUCCAUUGGCACGUUUAAGCAUAAAAUGGAAUUGCUGCCAAGCAUGAGGUCACUUCAGAAGAUGGGAUAUAAACUGUACGCCAGUUUGGGAACUGCCGAUUUUUAUACUGAACAUGGAGUAAAUGUUGAAUCAGUCCAAUGGACCUUCGACACCAUAGACGAUAUCACCAGCCAAGGAGAGCUAAAACCAUUGGCAGAAUUUUUAACGAAAAAACAGUUCGAUUUAGUAAUAAAUUUACCAAUGAGAAAUGGUGGGGCUAGGAGAGUGUCUUCGUUCAUGACCCAUGGAUAUAGAACUAGAAGAUUAGCUAUAGACUUUUCUAUACCGCUAAUCACAGAUGUUAAAUGUGCAAAGUUACUCGUUGAGGCUAUCCGCAUAAUUGGAAAGGCACCGCCAAUGAAAACCCAUACAGAUUGCAUAAGCUCGCGUAAUAUUAUCAAACUACCUGGAUUCAUAGAUACGCAUGUUCACGUCAGAGAACCCGGCGCCACCCACAAGGAAGAUUAUUCGUCUUGUACAGCUGCAGCUUUAGCUGGCGGUGUCACUUUAAUCUGCGCCAUGCCGAACACCAAUCCCGCCAUUGUCGAUGAAGAAUCAUUUGCUCUGGUUAAAAAGUUGGCGAAAGAUGGUGCUAGAUGCGAUUACGCAUUGUUCGUGGGUGCUUCAUCGGACAACACUUCUACAAUUUCUGACCUAGCAGCCGAAGCGGCGGCAUUGAAAAUGUACCUCAAUGAAACCUUCACCACCUUGCGUCUUAAAGACCUUGAUAUUUGGUCGAAACACUUGGCGAACUGGCCCAAAAGGGCUCCUUUAUGUGUUCACGCUGAACGUCAGACAACCGCUGCUAUUAUACUGUUAGCAAGUCUACAAAACCGAGCGGUACAUAUAUGCCACGUGGCUCGAAAGGAAGAGAUACUUAUCAUCAAAGCAGCUAAAGAAAAGGGUUUGAAGAUUACGUGUGAAGUAUGUCCACAUCAUUUAUUUUUGAGCACGAAUGAUAUAGAUGAGAUUGGAGCAUCAAAAAGUGAGGUUAGACCUGUAUUAUGUUCUCCAGAAGACCAGCAAGCACUAUGGGAAAACCUACACAUUAUCGACUGCUUUGCUACGGAUCACGCCCCUCACACCAUUCAAGAAAAACUCGGCGAAAAGGCACCCCCUGGUUUCCCAGGAUUGGAAACGAUCCUUCCUCUUCUUUUAAACGCAGUGAAUGAAGGUCGCAUGACCAUGGACGAUCUUAUUAACAAGUUUCACAGGAAUCCUAAAAAGAUUUUCAACCUUCCAGAUCAGCCUAAUACUUAUGUCGAGGUUGAUAUGGAGGAGGAAUGGAUUAUACCUGAAGCAAUGGCAUAUAGUAAGGCUAAAUGGACUCCAUUUGCAGGAAAAAAGAUAAAGGGUGCUGUUCAUAGAGUUGUACUCAGAGGAGAAGUAGCUUACGUGGAAGGACAAAUUUUAGUUCAACCAGGUUUUGGACAAAACGUCAGAGAAUGGGACAAACGUUUAUAUACAGUUUCAGUAGAAAUGAGCCGACCAUCUUCAACUUUGACACUGGAUAGACCGUGCUCUCCUUAUUUAUUGAACGGCCCAAUUGAAAACGAUAACGAUGUCCAAACCAAUGAAAUAUUUUCCAAACUUUUGGCCAACGAAGGCAAGGUUCAUUUUGCUCAAGAACCACCGCACACAUUUGAUUCGAGAUUACUAUCGCCUAUACCUCCAAGGAUACGGACAGAAAGUUUUUCUAACACGGAGAAGAAACAGAAAUCCGACAACCAACUAGAAGCUGGCCAAAUACAUCAGCAUCAGCAAUCACAUCAUACUUUAAUACACAAACAUAUCUUGAGCGUUGAUAUGUUCAGCAAAGAUCAACUCAACGACAUCUUUAAUUUGGCUCAAACAUUUAGAGCUUACGUCACAAAGGAUAGGCCUUUGGAUCAAAUUUUAAGAGGAAAAAUAAUGGCAUCGAUCUUCUACGAGGCCAGUACAAGAACUAGUUGCAGUUUUGCGGCUGCCAUGCAAAGAUUAGGCGGCAGAGUUAUCUACAUGGACGAAGUCAGUUCUUCGGUUAAAAAGGGAGAAACCUUAGAGGAUUCCAUUGCUGUGAUGGCCGGGUACGCCGAUGUAGUAGUCCUCAGGCACCCUCUACCAGGAUCUGUGCUGAAAGCCUCUCACCAUUGUCGAAAACCUCUGAUAAAUGCAGGAGAUGGGGUAGGGGAACAUCCUAGUCAAGCGCUCCUAGAUAUUUUCACCAUAAGAGAAGAAAUCGGUACUGUCAACGGUCUCACCAUAACUCUAGUUGGAGAUUUAAAGAACGGCAGGACCGUUCAUUCUCUAGCUAGACUUUUGACGUUAUACAACGUCCAACUCAGAUACGUCAGUCCACCUAGUCUCAAAAUGCCCAGUCACGUGACUGAGUUUAUAAGGUCGAAAGGGAUUUCUCAAGAGGAGUACAGUACUUUAUAUGACGUUUUACCUGACACCGAUGUUUUGUAUAUGACUAGAAUUCAAAAAGAGAGAUUUGAAAGUCAGGAAGAGUAUGAUAAGGCAUGCGGUCACUUCAUCGUAACCCCAAAAUUGAUGACAAGAGCUAAGAGGAAAAUGGUGGUCCUUCAUCCGCUACCUAGAGUAUUCGAAAUCAGUCCGGAAUUUGACACUGACCCGAGAGCAGCUUAUUUCAGACAAGCCGAGUGCGGAAUGUAUGUCAGAAUGGCGCUUUUGGCUAUGGUUUUGGGAAGAUAUUAG